GUAUUUAUUUGUAAUAAAAAAAACAUUUUCAGAAAAACCUGAGACCCUCGAAAAUUGAAAGUAAUCUCGGAAGAUGAAGAAGAAAAGAAGCAGAGAGGAAGGUGAGAAUGAGGAGGAGGAGGAGGAGGCAAAUAAAGGUUUGUUGUGGAAGCUUCCGCAGUUGAGGUCCAAGCAACUGGGUAAGCUGGGCCCCGCCUUCGGCCUCGGCGCUGGCUGCGGUCUUGGUCUUGGCAUCGGCCUUCUUGGUGGUGCAGGGUUUGGUCCUGGAAUUCCUGGCUUGCAUGUUGGCAUUGGAAUUGGUGCUGGAUGUGGGGUUGGUUUAGGGUUUGGCUAUGGUGUGGGAAAGGGUAUUGCUUUGGAUGAGAAUCGGAGAUACUCUAAUGUGGGACAUCUCUCCCGUGGUCCUAUAAAUUUUCCAUCUCAGGAUGAGAUUGGUGCACUAGUUGAUGAGCUUAUUAUUAGCACCAAGAAGGUUAUCCGCGCAACUUCGAGAGAGAUUGACAAGUGGAAAAGAUGAUGUAUAAUCAAAUCAAUUAAUCUAGUACGUCUUAGUUGCUGCCCUCUUGUUGGUUUCUGUAUACAUGCAUUUGCCUGGGCCAAUAUAAAAAAGAUCUUUGAUUUCCAUGCAUGUUUGGUCAUGUAUCUAUUCUGUUCUGGGUUAUUUUUAAAAAAAUUUUCCCUUUCUGUUUUUCUGGAGACAAUUGUCUGUUUUGGUGGAUUCCACUAGCAGUACUUACAAAAAAACUCAUCUCUGUCCAUAGAUGAGACUGGAAAUUUGUUGUCCAAAUGAAAUAAGGUUUGGUUCCAA